AUGGCCGUGGAACCGCCACCACCGAAGCGCCGUCCCUCGGGGCUGAGACGCGUGCGCGACCAACGGGAUCUGCGACCAUUUGUCAACCCAUCUCCUGGAGGACGUAGGGUGGACACAAAUGGGGUUCCGAUGUCGCCUUUGAAGCAACUCACAAUGAAUAUCACCGACACGUACCACAUCUGCAACCCGCAGUUCAAGUACGAAUCGACACACAAUCCGCGGCGCGUGCUCACGAAGCCAAGCAAGCCGAUGCACAACGAGGGCUAUGACAACGAGGACUACGAUUACAUCCUCUACGUGAACGAUUGGUUGGGUCAGGAUGAUGGACACAAGUACUUGAUCCUGGAUAUUCUUGGACAGGGAACCUUCGGCCAGGUCGUGAAAUGCCAGAAUAUGAAGACGCACGAGGUUGUCGCAGUGAAAGUCGUGAAGAAUAAGCCUGCGUACUUCAACCAGAGUAUGAUGGAGGUGACGAUACUGGAGCUACUCAAUCAACAAUGCGACCCGCAAGAUGAGCAUCACAUUCUGCGACUCCGGGAUUCGUUCAUCCACAAAAACCACCUGUGCCUCGUCUUUGAGCUGCUGUCGUCCAACCUCUACGAGCUUAUCAAGCAGAACCAGUUCCAAGGUCUUAGCACGCAGCUCGUGAAGGUUUUCACCGCACAGCUCCUGGACGCACUUACGGUGCUCAAGGAGGCCCGCCUCAUCCACUGUGAUCUCAAGCCGGAGAACAUCUUGUUGAAAUCGUUGCAAUCACCACAGAUCAAAGUAAUCGACUUCGGUUCGGCAUGCCAUGAACGGCAGACUGUAUACACGUACAUCCAGUCCCGGUUUUACCGUUCCCCGGAGGUCCUGCUCGGCAUACCGUACACGGCGGCGAUUGACAUGUGGUCGUUGGGCUGCAUCGCUGUCGAGUUGUUCCUCGGUUUGCCGCUCUUCCCCGGUACUAGCGAGUACAACCAGAUCACGCGCAUAGUGGAGAUGUUAGGAAUGCCUCCACAAUAUAUGCUGGAUAUGGGCAAGCAGACGGGCCAAUUCUUCGACUCCUACGUCGACCACUAUGGGCACAAGAAGUACCGCUUGAAGAGCAUCGAGCAGUACUCGCGAGAGCACAACACCAACGAGCAACCAGGCAAGCAGUACUUCAAGGCGACUUCGCUCCCGGAGAUCAUCAAGCAGGCCCCCAUGCCGAAUUUCAAGGCAUCGCAAAAGCAGCAGAGCGAGAUCGAAAAGGAGAUGAACAAUCGCAUGGCGUUCAUCGACUUCUGUCAAGGUCUGCUGAACAUGAACCCGAUCGAGCGUUGGUCUCCGCAACAAGCGAGGUUGCAUCCAUUCAUCACUGGCGAGAAGUGGACGAAGCCGUGGACGCCAACUGGUGCCGCCUCGUCUCACUCUUCACCAUCUGGCCACACUGCCUCGACAAGCUCGGGUGGCGCCUCUGUCGACCCGAAGCGACCAUACGGAGGUUUGGUUCCCUCCCAGCCGAAGGGCACUCGCGCGUACCAAGAUGCUGCAGCAUACAACCAACACUUGGCUCAGCAUCAGGCAUACACGGCGCAAGCGCAGGCAGCUUCUCAAGCUGCUCAGAACGUCUACAGAAACCCGUACCUACAACCGCAGUCCUCACAGUCCCAGUCUUCGUCAUCGUACAGCGGGUCACAGGACAAUGCCACUUCCAACUUCCCUUCGCCACAGCAAUUCACCAACGCUGCCUCCCAGCCGUCUUCGCAUCGCACCUUGACCCACCAGAGCUCACAUGGACACCUCAAUGUCUCAACGAACGUCCCGUCAUACCCAAGCCAGUCGACGGCCGGGCCCGGACCAGGACCAGGAGGUUUUGCUGUUCCUCCAAGCAUGAACCCCUCUGCGCCAGGGCAAUCCUACUACUCGAGUGCGCGCACCCGUUCCAACACUAUCCACAAUAUGGCGGACAAUAUCCCUCCUGCGCUCGCGCGGUUGCAGCACAUGAACCAAGACGUCAUAGGCGGUCGCAAGGCGCUUACUCCGGUGCUGAAACGGGAUGACGCGCUGAAGGAGUGGGAACGGAGGCAGCAAGGCAAAGCAGCGGCCGCGCAACCGUAUCCGCAGCUGGAGUACUUGCAGCAGCAGGCAGAGCUUGCUGCGGCGCAGGGGCUGACGAAUUGGGGCCACAACACUUCCGGGCGGUAUCCUCCUCCGACCUCAGGGCUGGCGCACUCCUAUCAGCCUAACGCGAUGCUCGUCGACGAGGAUCGAAGGGAUGUCAUCCUGUCGAAUGCCCGUAAUGCUGCACACGGGACUACUGGUGGGGCGGAUCCUGCCAGCAACCUGUUCGCGUCACCCUCAGCAAACCUAAUUCCGAGCCCCCCUCAAGCCUACGCGAGCAACUCGACGACUACGGGCAAUCGAUAUGCCGCGACAUAUUCACAGCAGAGCCAGCAGGCCACCCCCAACUCGCCCUUCGAUGGCGCGAUUGACCGACGUGGGGAGCUGGGCACGAUGUACGUGCCGCUGCAGCCUGACCAGUACGGCGCGUACAAUGCGGCCUCGAACUCGGGCGCUGCUCCGAGACAAGUCGUCCCGCCACAGCAGGCGGUGCCUCCGUCGUUCUACGGAGCGGGCGUCGUCCCUGCUGGGCACCCACUCGGGAACAACCAGCAGAGGAACCCGUUCGCUGCCACGGACCCACAGUCGCAGGCGAGUGCGAAGGAGCAACGGAGGAAGAGCGGAAUGGAGUUGUGGACGCAAUAA